UCUCUAAUUUCUAUAUUUUAGUGGGGCCUUACUAUAAUUUACAUUAAUUCCUUCUUCCCUCCUCAUCUCUAUUUAUAUCACCCCCUACUUGGAAAAUUAAAUCACCACAACUUCAUCAAAACCAAAUUAAACAACACACACACACACUCCCUCUCUUUUUUUCCGACCGAUCAUUAUCUCCGAUGGCGGAUUCCGGUGGCGGCUCGGCCAGUACGGUUGGUCGGAGCAUAUGUUCUAUCCCGGAGAAGUUUCAGCUCCACAUUGCCAUGCUGGCGUUGCAGUUCGGUUACGCCGGUUUCCACGUGGUGUCACGUGCUGCACUUAACGCCGGCAUUAGCAAGAUCGUGUUCCCUGUUUAUAGGAACAUUCUUGCCUUCUUUCUCCUCUUGCCCUUCGCCUAUUUUCUUGAAAAGAAAGAGAGGCCACGUAUUACUUUGAACUUCCUCAUCCAGUUUUUCCUACUAGCGAUUGUUGGGAUUACUGCAAAUCAAGGGUUUUACUUGCUGGGAUUGGACAACACGUCGCCAACUUUUGCGUCGGCGAUACAGAAUUCAGUGCCGGCGAUUACAUUCCUCAUGGCUCUCGUACUCGGGAUAGAAAAGUUGAGGCUUGACAGAAAAGACGGGAUCUCGAAGUUGGCGGGAACGCUCCUCUGCGUGGCGGGAGCGUCGGUGAUCACGCUGUUCAAGGGGCCCACAAUCUACAGCCCGUCGCCGCGGCUUCAGGCAGCGGUGGCGGCGCCGGAGGUGCUGGCGGCGCUGGGAGACGCGAGCGGGAAGAACUGGACGCUGGGGUGCUUGUUCCUGAUCGGUCACUGCCUGUCGUGGUCGGGGUGGCUGGUGCUGCAGGCGCCGAUACUUAAAAAGUACCCGGCUCGGCUCAGCUUCACUUCUUACCAGUGCUUCUUCGGCGUGAUCCAGUUCCUUGUCAUCGCCGCCUUUGUCGAGAGGGACCCACAGGCUUGGCUCGUCCACUCCGGCUCUGAGCUGUUCAGUGUUUUCUACGCCGGGGUGGUGGCAUCAGGGAUAGCAUUCGCUGUACAGAUAUGGUGCAUUGAUAGAGGGGGUCCGGUGUUCGUGGCGGUGUAUCAGCCUGUUCAAACGCUAGUUGUCGCUAUUAUGGCUUCCCUUCUUUUGGGAGAGGAAUUCUACUUGGGAGGGAUAAUUGGCGCAGUGCUGAUCAUAAGCGGAUUGUACUUUGUGCUGUGGGGGAAGAACGAGGAGAGGAAAUUCGCUCAGCAGGCGGCGAUCGAGUCCCCCGCGGACCACGGUAUCGAAAGAGCAGCCCCACAAAUCAAGUCAUCCAUCACUCAGCCACUCCUCUCUCAGUCAACGCACAAUGUUUGACCGCCAAAAACCUAACUUUAGUGCUGGAAAAGGCAAAAAAGAAGAAUGAGAAGUGAAAUCUCGAGUCCUAAUUAAUUCAGCUAUUUUGUAUUUUGAAAAAUGGAUUGAAGUGUGUAUUAAAGUUGUGUUUUAGUAUUUAUUAGUAUUUUUUUUUCUUUUUUUUUUUUUUUUUAAUUUUUAAUUUUUAAUUUCCAAUUUGGUAGCUAGGAGAGUGGAUUGAAGAAAUCGAGUGGAAAAAAAAGAUGAUUAUGAUCUUGUAUUAUGGGGUCUAAGCAUGGACAUCCCUUUUGGUUUUUAAUUAUAAUGUUUAAUUUUUUUUCUAAUUUUAAUGGUGUUUGA